CAGUUUACAUUGUUAUGCAGGAAGGAGGGAUGUCAUUGAAGAAAUGUCGGCGCUACGGAGAAAGGUUUGAGCUUACUGGUGCUGACUCAAAAAACUACGGGAGCUUCGGGGAUCAAGACAGACAAAUAAUUCUCCAGACAACCGAAGAUGAAGACUCCGACAGUUUUGCCCUAAGAGAAUUCAGUUCUAUUAGCACAACAAAACAGAUUCUUUUCAAAGAUGGGAAAAGCAAGGUUGAUUUUGUCAUCGUGUAUGAAACAGUCAGUAACAACUCUUCGCAAUCUGGACUCAAUGAUAAAAAAUAUUCCAAACAUGAACAGUACAGAGAACGAUUCAUGGCGACUCUCCGGAAUGCCGGCCUGGAGAUGGAAGAAGAGAUAGUAUCAAGUUCGAAUAGAAAAUUAGUUUAUUUUAUUAAGAUUCAUGCCAAAUGGCCUACACUGUGUCAUUAUGCAGAACAACUAAAUAUGAGAGCACCUCUUCAGAUUAACCAAGAACAACACGAGUUGUAUCCGAGGCCGUCAAUGAACUGGUCAGCAGAUAUUCUGCAUAAAAUAAGGCUUCCAAACAUAAUGGAUCAGGAUGUGCCUAAUGAACCAAAACAUUACUAUACUUGUCCUUUCAGGAACUCAAAGAUUGAUAGGUUUUUAGGGCAUGAAAAUCAUGAAUCAUUUUUUUCUGAUACCCAGAGAAGUAGAAUAGUCUAUGAAAUUCUAUCAACUGCGGUGUUUGGGAAGAAAAAGAAAGGCGAGAUUGGAAUUGGAAGGCUAAUUGAGGAAGGAGUCUUUUCCUCGGCUUUUCCCUUACAUGAUGGUUCAUAUGAAGUGAAAGGCAAUAUCCAUAAAGAUUUAAUGAAUCGGCGGCAGGUCCUGUAUCAAUAUUGGGCAAGAUGGGGUUGCUGGUACAAGUACCAGCCACUUGACCAUAUCAGAGAAUAUUUUGGUGAAAAAAUCGCCAUUUAUUUUGCCUGGCUUGGUUUUUACACCGGAUGGCUUCUUCCUGCAGCAAUAGUUGGUGUCCUUGUAUUUUUGUACGGCAUCGCAACAAUGCACUCAAAUAAAAUUGCCAAAGAGGUGUGUGAAAGCCAUGGCUCUUUUCUCAUGUGCCCUUUAUGUGAUGAAAAUAUAGGUUGCAAGUAUUGGGAUCUAAGCGAUAUAUGCGGCUAUGCAAAACUGGCCUACCUUUUUGACCAUCCUCUUACAGUAUUUUAUGCAGUUUUUGUCUCAUUCUGGGCUGUAACAUUUCUGGAGUACUGGAAGAGAAAAUCAGCAUCUCUAGCACAUCACUGGGAUUGCAUGGGCUUCCAAGAUGAAAUUGAAAGGCCACGUCCAGAAUUUGCAGCAAAAGCACCUUUCCAGGAAAGAAACCCAGUGACAGGCAUUCAAGAGCCUUCGUUUCCAAAAUCCCAGAGGCAUAAGAGAGUUGCAGCAGGAAUAGGAAUUAUUUUUAUCAUGAUUGCUUUGGUAAUCAUUUUUAUAGUAGCUGUAAUUAUAUACAGGGUACUUGUAUCAAUACCUCUUUUUCAAAAUGCGACAUUUCGCUCUCAAGCACAAGCAAUAGCAAACAUGUCUGGUGCAGUGGUUAACCUGUUUAUAAUUAUGGGUAUGAGCAGAGUGUAUGAAAACUUGGCAUACCGGCUAACAUCUUGGGAAAUGCACCGAACACAGACAGAAUUCGACGAUAACUUGACAUUCAAAGUAUUUCUUUUCCAGUUUGUUAAUUUUUAUUCUUCCAUCUUUUACAUAGCAUUUUUCAAAGGGAGAUUUGUCGGAUAUCCUGGAAACUACACGCUGAUAUUAAGGUUGAGAAAUGAAGAUUGUAGUGCAGGUGGAUGUCUAAUUGAGUUAUCCCAGCAGCUUGCAGUCAUUAUGAUAGGCAAACAAAUGAUAAAUAAUGCUCAAGAAAUAUUACUUCCAAAGUUUAAAGCUUGGUGGCACAACAGAAAGGUCAAAUUAACAAAGAAAAAGAAAAGAUUGAGGUGGGAGGAGGAUUAUCAGUUGGUUGACAAUGAGGGGCUAUUUGAGGAAUACUUGGAAAUGGUAUUGCAAUUUGGAUUCAUCACUAUAUUUGUAGCUGCAUUUCCUCUUGCCCCCUUAUUUGCACUAUUAAAUAAUUGGGUUGAAAUUAGAUUAGAUGCUCAAAAGUUUGUUUGUGAAACAAGAAGAACAGUAGCUGAAAGGGCAGAAAAUAUUGGAAUAUGGUUUACGAUAUUAAAUAUGCUAGCUCACUUAGCUGUAAUUAGCAAUGGUUUUUUAAUAGCCUUCACUUCAGAAUUUCUUCCAAAAAUUGUGUACCAGUAUGACUACGACUGGAAUUUAGAAGGAUACAUAAACUUUACAUUGGCGUUUUCGCCAAAUGGGACAUUAAAGCAGAGAUGUAGAUACCGAGGUUUGAGAGACAAUGAAGGAAAUCUCACCCCCUUUUUCUGGCGAUUAUUAGCUGUUCAAUUAUCAUUUGUGAUUGUUUUUGAGCAUGUUGUGUUUGGGAUCUGCAGGCUUAUUGAUGUAAUGGUUCCAGAUAUUCCAGAGAGCCUUGAGCUGAAAAUAAAACGUGAACGGUUUUUAGCAAAACAGGCCCUACAGGAUUCCGACACAAUCAUGAAGGUAGCAGCUGGGAUAGAAGACAUGGAGGAAAGGGAAAGAUCUAGGAAAAUGGUUCUAGACUUAACAGCUGAGCUCGGCAGUGACAAUGAUGCUCAACCGCAGCCUGGCUCAUCCAAUAUUUCAGUCGUCAACCGCAGCGAACAGACGAUAAAUGAGAAUUCUCAGUCACCAGAGCUGAACCCACCCAGAAAAUCAUACACAAUGAGAGUAGAGGCGACAGUCAUGUUUAGAGAUGGGCACAAAAAAAUUGAUUACAUUAUAGUAUAUGAGGAAACUCCAAAGGUCCAAGGAUCAAAGAAGUCAACUAAGGCGGACAAUAGGGAGGCUUUUCUAUCGAAAUUAGAAAAUCUUGGGCUUUCCCUAGAAAAGGAAAGGGUUUCUGUCUCGGAGAAAACUAUAUGCUUUGUCAAAAUUUUUGCAGAAUGGAGCGUUCUCUGCCAUGUUGCGGAAUAUCUCAGUAUGAGAGCUCCACUUAUGGUAAAGGAUGAUACUCCUCAGACAUUCUUAGGAAAAGUUUUUUGCCAUUGCUUUCGCAACAAUGCACCAAAUAAACCUGUUCAGUUUUACACUACUAUAUUUAGAGCUGAAAAAAUAGACAGUUUUUUGGGAAGUGAUAAUCAAAAUACAUUUUUCAAAGAAACACAGCGGAUAAGAGUUGUUGAUGAAAUCGUAAGAACUCUAAUUUAUGGGAACAAGAAAAAGUAUGAAAUCGGUCUUGACAGGUUGAUAAAGGAAAAGGCUAUUUCUGCUGGAUAUCCACCUCACGAUGGGCCUUACCUAGCAGAUCUUAAAUCAGACCGCAGUAUAUGGAACAAAAGGCAAAUUCUGUACUACUAUUGGGCAAGGUGGAAAUGCUUUUUCACACUUCAACCCACUGAACACAUAAGAGAAUAUUUUGGAGAAAAAGUUACCCUUUAUUUUGAAUGGCUAGGAUUUUAUACAGUAUGGCUAGUUCCUGCUUCGUUAGUUGGAAUUUGUUCAUUUAUGUAUGGAUUUAUCGCUUCCAAAAAUAAUAAAAUAAUACAAGAAGCAUGUGACAGUACCUCAUUUUUGAUGUGUCCAGGGUGUGAUGAAAAUUCUGGCUGUAGCUACUGGGAACUGAGUUCCACAUGUUUUUACACAUAUUUGUCUGUUUUCUUUGAUAAUCACGUAACAGUGAUUUAUUGCAUUUUUAUUUCUAUAUGGGCAAUCAUUUUUCUUGAAUUUUGGAAAAGAAAGUCUGCUAGUUUAGCACACGAGUGGAAUUGUUUAGGAUAUGUGAGUGAUGUUGAAAUGCCUAUGGCAAAUUUUAUAGUUAAGGCAAUCGAUGUUGAAAAAAACCCUGUUACUGGGGCCUGGCAACCAGCUUUUCCUAAAUCUAUAUCCACUUUCAGAGUUGUAAUAGGAUUUGUACUACUUUAUGUCAUGAUAAUCAUGAUGAUUAUAUUAUUGAUCGGAGUUGGGAUCUUUUGUAAUCUAAUAUCAAAAUCAUUAAGACAUAUUGGAGUAAAUAAUUCUCUAAUACGCAUGACAUCAGCUCUCACGGAGCAUUUUCUUGGUAUUAUUUGUAUAUUAGCGGCGGGUAAAUUAUAUACCUGGAUGGCAUACCAUCUGACUAAAUGGGAAAUGCACAGGACACAAACCCAAUUUGACAAUCACUAUAUUUUCAAAGUAUUUUUAUUCCAGUGCAUCAAUUAUUAUUCACCUCUAAUAUACACAGGGUUUUUUAAAGGGAAGUUUGUUGGCUAUCCUGGAAAUUAUUUAACAGUCGCAGGAAUGAGGCUUGAGGAAUGCAGUAAUGGUGGGUGCUUUGUUGACUUAACUAUACAAUUUGUGGUAUUUGUAGUAGGAAAACAAAUAAUAACCAAUGGUCUGGAAAUAUUAACUCCAGUAAUAACAAAACCAUGGACCAAAUUACAGGUGAGGUUUUCUGGAAACACUUGGGACCAAGAUUUUCAGUUAGAAAACCAUCCAAAGCUUUAUGAUGAAUAUUUUGAGAUGGUAAUGCAGUAUGGAUUUAUCACAAUAUUUAGUGCCGCAUUUCCCUUAAUUCCAGCAUUUGCGCUUUUGAACAAUCUGUUUCAAAUACGAAUUAAUGCACAAAAAUUUUUAUGCUAUUCAAGAAGGCCCAUUCCUCAUUGGGCGGAAUCAUUAGGCAUAUGGGUUCACAUCUUACAAUUUCUUUCUUACGUUGCUGUUGUCAGCAAUGCAGUGUUAAUAGCAUUUACAUCAGACUUUAUCCCACGAUUAGUAUAUCAAUAUGACAAUAGUGGGUGUUUAAAAGGAUACGUAAAUUUCACAUUGGCUUAUUCUCCAAAAGGCAGUUUAACAAAAGAAUGCAGAUAUCAAGACUUUCGUGACAGAAAUGGAUUUAAAACCGUAUUCUAUUGGCGAAUUUUGGCAAUGAGAUUUCUGUUCAUAAUUAUUUUUGAGCAUUUUGUAUUUGGGAUUUUAUAUCUAACAAAACGCUUAAUACGAGACAUUCCCAAGAAGGUUGAACUAAAAAUGAAAAGGGAGCAAUUCCUAGGAAAGCUAGCGUUGCAGAAAACUGGUGCAAAAGUUUUGAAUCAAACAGCUAUGGGCAAUGAACGUGAAUCAGUUCCUUAUGAAACAUAAACAUAAUCAACCAUGUUAUAAAACGAAACAAAUAUUUUAUAACAUGCUGUAAACCAUGUUUAAAUAAAAACAUACAAUUGGA